UCCAGUGGGUAGGGAGAGCUCUCUCCUGCACUGAUUUUUCCAAGACCAUAAUUCAAGGCGAUUGAGAUGUUACCAGCUUUUAAAUGUGUCUUGUAAAAUAAGCAGCUAUGAAGUGAAACAAGACUGACAGUUUCAUAUUCAGAACAGAUGUGCAUUUCCUGGGAGGCUCUCUGAGAAUGAUAUGGUAUCAUCUCCUUUAUAAUACCACACAGGGUAAGAAAGGCCAUUGCUGCUCAUACCUGUGCUUUGCACUCUCCCAAGGCACUUCAUUCCCUGAUAAACCAGAUUAAUUGUAUCUUAAGGUAAUAUUUCCUCUGUCAGUUUGGAGCAGGGUGUUAUUUGCUGUGGUAAAACUGCAGACUAGCCCUGUAGGGCAGAGUAGAGUAGAGCAUCAGAUCAAGGGGAAACUUUCACUCUUCUUCAGUCUGAAUGCUGCUGUGCAUUUCAACUUUAGGUUACUCUGAGCUAAAAAUAGUCCAGAUGUGGAGUUGCACCCUCAAAGAGAAGCUCGUCUGGGAUUUCACUGGUUUACCUCAGUUGGUGCCUGUGCUUCCACAUGGGGAGUGAUGGUAAAGGAAGGUUGAUAAGAAAAGCAGAAGCAGCUUGUGAUUUUGUGGUAGGGCUUUUCAGCAGAUGUGAGAAGGUUGAUGAGUCCUUUGAAAGGACUGGGAGUUGUUACUCUCAGUAAUACAAUAUUUUUAGUGCUUUAAAAAUUUUCAGUUGAUACAGCUCAGCAAUGAUUCCAAAGAAUAUACAAAAAUCAAGAGGCUGUUUGAGAAGACAAUGAAAGAUUACUGCAUCAACCAACUGCAGAGGAUUCAGAACCCAACACUUUGGGACAUUUUUCAGUGGCAAAAAGAAAAGAUGAAGAAGGUCAAUCAACUGAAAGGGGUGAAUGAGAGGCUCCUGUUUCAUGGCACAAGUCCAUCCCAUGUGUCUGCCAUCUGUGAGCAGAACUUUGACUGGAGACUCUGUGGGACUCAUGGGACAAUGUAUGGAAAAGGAAGCUACUUUGCCAGAGAUGCCAGCUAUUCCCAUGAGUUCUGCUCCUCUCAAGGUGGGCGCUACAGCAUGUUCGUAGCUCAGGUUCUUGCUGGAGACUUUGUGCAGGGGAACCCGGAGUACUGCCGCCCUCCACCCAGAGACAAAAACUCAAACAGACUUUAUGACAGCUGCGUGGAUGACCCGACAGACCCUUCCAUCUUUGUCAUCUUUGAGAAGCAGCAAAUUUACCCUGCCUAUAUCUUGGAGUACAGCCUUGAGACCAGCUGUGUUGCCCUGUAAUGAAUGGUGGAAUGUCUUUUGAAUUCACACUGAAUAAAUUACUCUUCAGUACA